AUGCUGUCUUCUCUGUAUUAUGCGCAAAAUGGGACGUCUUUCUCUUUCUUUUCCCUCCUUUUCCUUCUUUUUCCCUCUCUUCCCUCUUUUACUUCAUCUUCUGACCUUUUUCCUUUUUUUCCCCUACUUAAUCCUUAUCUCCUUCCCAAAUUAAUAUUUAACUUUCUGUUUUUCUGUCUUCUAUUCCCCCCCCCCGUCUGUCUGUCUUCUAUUAUUCCCCCCACCGUCUGUCUGUCUGUCUCCUAUUAUUCCCCCCACCGUCUGUCUGUCUGUCUGUCUCCUAUUAUUCCCCCACCGUCUGUCUGUCUGUCUGUCUCCUAUUAUUCCCCCCACCGUCUGUCUGUCUGUCUGUCUCCUAUUAUUCCCCCCACCGUCUGUCUGUCUGUCUGUCUCCUAUUAUUCCCCCACCGUCUGUCUGUCUGUCUGUCUCCUAUUAUUCCCCCACCACCGUCUGUCUGUCUAUUAUUGUCUGUCUGUCUCCUAUUAUUCCCCCACCGUCUGUCUGUCUCCUAUUAUUCCCCCACCGUCUGUCUGUCUCCUAUUAUUCCCCCCACCGUCUGUCUGUCUCCUAUUAUUCCCCCCACCGUCUGUCUGUCUCCUAUUAUUCCCCCCACCGUCUGUCUGUCUCCUAUUAUUCCCCCACCGUCUGUCUGUCUCCUAUUAUUCCCCCCACCGUCUGUCUGUCUCCUAUUAUUCCCCCCCACCGUCUGUCUGUCUCCUAUUAUUCCCCCCACCGUCUGUCUCCUAUUAUUCCCCCCACCGUCUGUCUCCUAUUAUUCCCCCCCACCGUCUGUCUCCUAUUAUUCCCCCACCGUCUGUCUCCUAUUAUUCCCCCACCGUCUGUCUCCUAUUAUUCCCCCCAUACCCAAGUCUGAGUCUGUCCGUCUUCGUUCCCCCUCCCUCUAUGUAUUUGUCUUUCUUGUAUCCCUCUGUUUGUCUUUCUAUUCCCAUCCCCUCCAUCUCUUUUUUUUUCUUUCUGAACCCCCCCCACCCCUUUCCACCUUCCUCAGUCUCUCUGUCUUCUAUUCCCCUCCUCCCCAACUGACUGUCUUCUUUUCCCUUUCCUAA